AUGGUCGACACAGGGCCGAACGCCCCUCUCGCCUCGUCUUCUCCGUUACUUCGAGUGCUCCUCGUCUCCAUUGCUGGCAGCCGGGCUCCGAGGUUCCUCUUCGACGUCUUCGCUGCGAGCUGGACACCGCAAGGCGCUCGUUGUGACCUUCCUCGACAUCUUCGAUCAUCCUCGUGCUCUUUUGCCAUCCUCUUCAACAUCUUCGAGCACAUCGGCAGGUGGGCCACGCGUCGCGGGGCGCCGGCCAGGGCGCUCGAAAGAUUACAGGCCUUCGUCUUCGCGGAGUCUCUUCUGCGUGGUCUUUGCAGUGAUGUCGGUCGUGCUGCGGUCGUCUUGUGGAGCACUUCGCGAGGCCGCGCCGAGUCAUCAGCAGCCAUAGCUGAGACCUUGGCCAAGUUGAUCUAG